CCUCGAGGCCACACCCCCGCCCUCCGCCCCCCAUCCCCUCCGCUCCCUCCUCGGUUCAGAGGGACAGAGCGAGAAGAUGGCGAAGACGUACGAUUAUCUCUUCAAGCUGUUGCUGAUCGGAGACUCGGGGGUAGGCAAGACCUGCCUCCUGUUUCGCUUCUCCGAGGACGCUUUCAACACCACCUUCAUCUCCACCAUCGGAAUUGACUUCAAAAUAAGAACAAUAGAACUUGAUGGAAAGAAAAUCAAACUGCAGAUCUGGGACACAGCUGGCCAGGAAAGAUUUCGAACAAUCACAACAGCAUAUUACAGAGGAGCCAUGGGAAUUAUGCUGGUAUAUGACAUCACUAAUGAAAAAUCUUUUGACAAUAUUAAAAACUGGAUAAGAAACAUUGAAGAGCAUGCCUCUUCAGAUGUUGAAAGAAUGAUCCUGGGUAACAAAAGUGAUAUGAAUGACAAAAGACAAGUAUCAAAAGAAAGAGGAGAGAAGUUAGCAAUUGAUUAUGGAAUUAAAUUCCUCGAGACAAGUGCAAAAUCCAGUAUAAAUGUAGAAGAGGCAUUUUUUACACUUGCACGAGAUAUAAUGACAAAACUCAACAGAAAAAUGAAUGACAGCAAUUCACCAGGGGCAGGAGGACCAGUGAAAAUAACAGAAAAUAGAUCAAAGAAGACCAGUUUCUUUCGCUGUACACUCCUUUGAUAAACUCUCAAUAAUGGACUGCAGCACACCUAGAAGAACCUUUCCUGCUUUUCUGAAAGCACAGGGUCACAUAGCCCCAGAGAUAUAAUACCACCAAGCUGCCACUGAGAGCUCCAUGGAACUCAGACUUCUUUAAACAAAAUAUAACGUGGAUUCUGGCCAUGUUGCCUUUCAGCAGGUUAGGCUCCUUCCUCAAACAUGGAAGCAGUGAAGUGGAGACACAUGCAGGAGUUAACUUUUUGUUUGUUUUCUUGCCUGUUGCAAAAGCUGCUAUCUUUCUUUUAACUUUGCACAUCAGUGUUAGUCCUUGCCCUGUUACAGCACAAUCGUCCCCUUGUAUUUGCACAGUUUUGUCUUGUGAAGUUCUUAACAGAUUUGUGCAUUUUCAGGGAAGUUUAUGCAAAUUCAGAGGCUUCUUCUGGUUCACUGGGACAAAUAUAAUUUGUAAUAUGUGCAUUAAGAGUUUUGGUCUUAUGUAAAUUUCUUAAAAAGAAAGGGCAAAUGCUAAUUUUUUUAAAUUCAAGAAAAUGCACCAGUCUGUUUAUAAAGAGGUUACAAUUUCUUCCUUUGGAAUAUAGGGUUUUGCUUUAUUCUUAUCUGUUAGACCUUAGUGGUAUAGAAAGUAGCUAAGACUUUAAUUUCUAAAUUUAUUUUCUUCUUAGUUUGUAAAAACUGCUCUAAAUCAUUUUUACAUGACUCUUCUAAAGUUAUUUGAAGCAGUGUGGCAUAUAAUGAAUGGAAAUUUAGCCUCAGAGUUAGGAAGACCUAAGCUCAAGUCCUGCCUGACUCACAUAGAAACUGUGCUACCACAUGUGAUCCACCUUACUUCUUUAGUCAGUGCCCCAGGCAACUUUCUCUGUCCUGAGUUAUAGACUAGUGGCUAAUCCUUAUUAGUGGAGGGAGUUUCUCAUUGCUCUCUACAAUAAUGAUCACACCUGACUCUACCCCAGUCCACUUUCUUCCUUUCCCCAGUUUUUUCCUUGGUCUUCUCCCCCCUUCACACUUGUCUUAGUUCUUCACUUUUUGUUCAAUACUCUUUAACUUCCAAAUGUGACAUUUUUAUUUUAUUGAGACUUUGAAAUUUUUUAUAUAUUCAAUGGUGUGGCUGGAAAUGUGUUUUUAGUGGCUUAGGGUAGCUCCUCCAUAAGACAAGACUCAAAAGGGUUUUGUUUUUUUUUUUUAUUUCUAGCCCCUUUGCUUCUUGGUAUCUCCUUGAUACCAACAAUAUAUAUACCCAUACAUAUAUAUCAUAAUCUCUGACCAGGGUUAACAGGAGUUAGUUUUUAAGCUUACCUGUAUAAAGAAAGCAAAUUGAGCAGAUAGUAUAAAUUUUAGGUGGUUGGAUUUUUAAAAACAUAUAUACAUAACUAGACUUAGUAAAGCCUCUAGUAAAUUAAUGCCCUUUCAAUAAAACAUGAACGAUGUUUUUAGUUUCAAAACAGCUAUUAAAUUUGUAAAAAUUGGUUCCAUCCAUUUCAAGUUUUAAGUUACAGAAUAUAAAGAUUAAUUGGUGUUAUUUAGGACAAAGCCAGCCAGAAGCUUACUGGCCUUCUUCAGUGAACACUGAUCCCUGGUAUACUCUGAAGAUUUUUUUUUAAAGAAAAAAAAAAUUCUUGGAGUAGAUUUAUGAGAAAUUGUAUUUAGUAGUUAUUGAAGUGCCAAAUUCAGGCCAGCAAAACCCUUCCAUUGUAUUUGGUAUGAGUGUCAGAAGAUAGAAAGAAAUGCUAAAAGAAUGAAAAGGUGAAAUGUAGCCUUGUUAGUAAAUUUAUUUCUUUGUAUGCUUGUUCUGCUUUACUUCAGUCACGAUCAUAAUUGAUAGGUAAAAGGAGAAAAUGAAUUGACUAUCACUACACGGAACUUUGUUUCAAAUAAUAUUUGUCAUUAGGAUGCUUUGACCAAUUUACCUGUCUCCAUGUUUCAAAACAUAUAUAGUUCAUUGGUAGCAAAUAUGCAAAAAGCUGUUUCUGAUUGGUGUUAAGAUCUUACUACUAAAAAUCCUUAACCUUUAUAAUUACCUUUAUAGGUUUGAUGGUUGAGGUGUUUAUAGAUGAAACAAUGCUCCCUGUUGCUAUUUCCUAUGUAAUAAAGUUUCCUUAUACCUUGACUAUAAAUCACUAUCUGUUAUUCAGAUGGUUUUUUAAAAGAAAAAGAUCAUGUUCAAAAACAUCCCUAAUCAUUUUAUGUAUAUUUACUAUUUUCGAGAAAAGGUCAAGCAGUUAAGUUUUCUGUAAGGUAGUAAAGUGCUUUCUAUAAAGGCAAGUGUUAUGGCACCAUUUAUGAAUGUAAUUAUUUCAGUAAUUUACCUCUGACUAUUUGGUGUCUUAAUACUGAUUUUUAUCUCAGGGGUUGUCUGCAAACCAAAACUGACAUAUUCUGUGGUUAGCAAUGUUGUUGGUUUGUUUUUAAUAGAAUGCUUUGCCUUUGUUCCAUUCUCUCUCUGGUUUUGUCCUGUAUUUGUUAAUAAUGCCUAGUCUCCAUGAAUUUCCUUCUGAAAGAGCCUGUGAAAGUUAUGAGUCUAAAAUUUUAGCUUUUUGAAGUAGCAGCCAUUUGGGGUGUUUGCUCUGUUGUAUAAAAACAAGAUAUCUUUGCUAUUUUCUUAUAUUUAGCCAUGCUAAAUUGUAUAUAAAUUUCAAGUGAGAUAAUAGGAAAUUCACUUUUAUGCAUGGUAAAAUGAUCCAGUAAAUAUUUCAUUUUGCUUAAUAAUGUUCAUAGAAUACAUUAUUUUUUUCUAUUUGUAGAAGGAUUUAAUGACAGACAAUUUUGUCUGUUCCCUGCUGAAACUGAAGAAUUCUAGUUUCACAUGAACAUUUUUUGGUCUUAUAAAGUAAAAUGCAGAUACUUGCAGCAGUAUUAAGUGGUUCAGUGGCUGCACUUUAUUAUCAAUGUGCUAAUUUUUUAUAAUGGUUGGUGUAGACCUUUUCAAAUAGUCUGAGGAUGUCAGACAAUGAAAAAUGUGCUGUAUCUGAGUAGCAUGUAAAUCAGUUGAUUGUAUCAUUUCACUGAGAACUUAUUUUAACUAUAUUUUACUUCAGAAAAACAGAUGACAAUAAAUGCUAUCUAUGUUUUGCCUGUGCAUCAGUUCCUGGGUGCUGCAGGUUUUCUUACUAUCCAUAUGAAAAUUUUGUGCAGUCUUUGUAAGCUUUCAAAAUACUAUUACCUUUGGUUUGAAGGACUUUUUAAAACUAUACCUCAGUUUGAAAACUAGUAUUCUAAUAUCUAUUAGAACAAAGGUGAGCCAGCUGUUAUACAUUUUACAAAAUAGUAGAUUUAUGUUUUGUCUUGAACUAAAGGCAUUGUUAGUUUUUAGAUAAAGGUGGUUUAGACCAGAACCUGUAUGUCCAAUAAUGCAAAAAAAAAUAUUCCAACUCUUUUAAAAAGUGUAACUUUGCAAUAUAGGUAAAUUUCUGCAAAAGUUCCUCCAGCAUUACAGUUUAAAUUUUUAGAUCCUUAAUGGUCAUCAUCUCUACUAUGGCUAUUAAUGCUUUCAACUUUAUGAUCAGCAGUAAAACAUUCAGUUUUUUCUUUCUCUUCAGAUGUUCCAUAACCAAGAUUUUAAAAUAUAAAUUUAAUAUUUAACUUUUGAAAAUGAUCUUUCAUACUUAAAGUUAAAACAUGUUUGGUGUACUUAUCUGAAAUUUAGGGCAUUUAUUUCUAGUUGACUUUGCAAAUGUCUCUUUUUAGAAAGAGCAUUUCCUCUUCUUUCUUGCACCAUCUGAAAGAAAAGGGGUGCCUCAACAUGUGACCUACAGGAACAGGAUGUUCGUGAAAAUCAUAUUCUUUAACUAGCAGUUUUACAGUAGAGUUAAAAGUUUUUAGGCUAGUAAAAUGAAUGUUUCUUGUUCACUAUGAAGAUUUGACUUUAACCUGACUUUUAUUUAGUGAAAUGUGCAGAUAUGAAGCUUAGGAAAUCAUUAUUUGUAGUUAUUUUCAGAUCACUUCAUCUCUUAUGCUUGUGCCACAUUCAAUUGCAUUUAAUUAUGCCAAGAAACAGCAUAAUUUCCAUUUCCUUUUCUUCAUUUCCACUGAAUUUAGUUACUGCAGUACAUUCUUAUGGCCGUACAAAUGGGUAUUUUUUGUUUAUUUGCAACUGACACUGCUAAAGUAGAAUUUCAACUUCUUUAAGGCAAUAUGUAAUUUAAAUACCUGAUUUAAAAACAAAACCCUAACAGAAAAGGCUUAAUUUUUCACUAGAUUUGCUCUACUCUUUGUGUGUUUAAGCACAUUUUAUCUCUGCUCCAAAAGCUUAAUGUGAAAAGCUCCUACAGGUAAAUGGACUUGUCAUAUGGUUAAACUUGUUUGAAUCUAAUCAUUAACUGUGUACUGAUACUGAUGCUGUGUUCAAAAGAAAAAAAUAGAUUUUAUUCCAUGUCAAUUUUUUACAACAAUAUGCAUCUAAAAUAAAGACUACAUAAUUAUGAAAUACA